AUGGCCGAACCGACGUAUACCGUGUUUGUACGGGUACCCAUACCUCGGGGCGACUUUGUUGACCCUCCACCGGUGAACUGGGACCUCGCCAAAGAUGAGGCGUUAUGGAAGAUCCUUUCCGGAGCUGCAAAGAAGCAGAUUGAUUGGGACGAAAUCGCCGAUCGCUUUGAAGUCUCGGUAGACUUUCUCCUCCAGCAAGUUGCCUGGCUCACCGAAAGACAUGCUUCGCAGGUCCGCGCACAAGUUCGCAAAGCUACCGCUGCGGUUCGUGGCUCUGGUCCCUCUCCCGUCCCAAGCGGCGAACCCGCUGGUUCCGGCCAUCAACGAGCGCACUCCGCCUUAUCCUUUCGAAGAGACUCGCCACGCAAUGAAGCUGGAAGCGGUACAGGGACACCUCUUCAUUCAUCGAUGCGACCACUAGUCGCGCGGAAUACAUCAACCAAUACUACCGUCUUGAGGGAUAUGACAGGGGCACCGGCUUCACCUCGACCGGGUGUUGGAUUAGCCUCGCGAGCCGGAGACCGACGUCGCCUUUCAUCACUACCCAUCACAUCAGUUCCAGACAAGUCCCUAGAGCAAACAGCUCAGCCAGAGCUUUCACCAGAAGAACGAAGCCCAUCACCAGGUCCAGCGGAGGAUAGCUCACCGACAUCAUCCGAUGAUGAAUCCAUCCCUGCUCAAUCUCGUAUAAUUCGCCGCCCACCGCGGUAUCAACCGCCCGAUGGUGGACAAUACGAAGACGACGACGACGAUGAAUCCGAGCCUGCUUUUCAACCCUAUACAUCUCCUUCCAGCAAGACUUCUGCUCAGGACCUCGGCUCGACUCUCAGGGGGGAUAAGCCUGUUUCUGGCAAACGACCUCACAAGAGUCACGGAAAACCCGCUAUUCAUAAAUCCAAUACAUCCGACUCUUCAGCCAGCUCUGCCGCCAUGAUACAAAAACCAGAUAAGACUGAUAAAUCAACUGAGCAGCGGACACCUGGUCCUCUCUCACCCCAUCGGCCUAACGAAACGACCAGACGUAGCCCAGGAGGUAAGGACAAGGGUUACUCUCGUGAAGGGAGCGAAGGAACCCCUAGCAUGGGCAGCAGUUACAGUGAUCUUGACGAUGCCUCUGUUACUCAGUCUGCAUUGGAGGAAGCAUUGGCUAGCCACAUGAAUAACUCCAUUCCUUCAAUCUUUUCCCACCAUCCCCUUUCAAAUAUUUGGAGUCUAUACAAUUUGGGUCUUCCAAUUCUUCAGAAACUUGCGCCUUUCUUCCUUGUGAGCAUGUUCCGCCGUCACUGGUCGGGGCUUCCCAAGGAUGUCUCCUUUCCAAAAGACCUCGCUGGCCUUGGAUAUUUCGUAAGCGAUCAGGAUGAAGUUCGAUCGCUCAAGGAUUCAGAUUGCUACUUCAAGUUCCAUGUCAACAAGAACACUCGAGUCAACGACCGUCAGAGGUUCCAGCUUCAGCGCGCUAUGGAAGAUAUAAUCCAUGAACGGCUACAGAAGGAAGGUCUUCGGAAGCUUCAACUCUUGCCCGGGAACAAGAAACAGUGUCUCAUCUUCGUCGGCACUAGCAUUGCGAAAACCGAACGCAUCGUCGUCAUUUUCGGCGAACCUCAUCAAGAUCUAGGCUUUAUUGCCGGUCGCAUUAUCAAUGGACCUGGUGGUAUGGCUAAGGGUAGUAUGAUAUCUGUUGUACAAGCACUUGCCAAGCAGUCUGCCUCCCCCGAUGACCCUGAGCCUCCAUGCGUGCUGCUCGCCAACAUGGGUCAGAGGUUCUGGUGGCCCGAAGAAGAGCGCGCUCUCACUAUUGAAGAUGCCGCGGAUAUUCCUCUUCCUAGUCUGGUGCACUCUGGACGGCAGUACAGCAAGGAGUUGAACGAGAUUCCUGGAAGUGAGUCUACCAUUGCGCACAUGACGACCAUUUUCAACAAGGUCAUCGACGUGAACAAGAAUGCCAAAAUCGAUAUUAUCGCGAUUGGACAAAGCUGCGAGGUGGCUCUGGAGUUCUUUGAGAACAACGAGAACUGGGCUCGAUGGGGUCAUCGCUUGGGCGGUAUGCUUCUCAUGGGGACUGUUUUCCGUGCAGACCUGCUUGCCAAUGGCGAGUUCAAAGAUUUCCUGGCCAAGCGUGCUUGUGGCUAUCUAAUUUCUGACGAUCCCCUCGACACUCCCCUGGCCAUGCCCAGUGGUAAUCCAUCACUCAUGAUCGACCCUCUUGGCUGUCCCUGUUUUUCUAGCGGAGAGCAUCAGUACACUGAGAUGAUACUCAUCAAGGCCCUUGAGCCAGCUCUUGCGUAUCUGCAGGCAAUUGCCCUGACACCAGGAUUUGCGAAUCCGGACGUGGCUGUCGCAGAACGACUUCCAACCGACAUCACAGACCAGCAGUGGAGUGAGAUCCCCGAAGAGAUCAAACCCGAGAUCCAUACUAUAGAUUCUGAAUGGAUGGAGAGGCAGGUCAAGGAUCUUAGACGGUGGAACUAUUUCGAGAAGCAUGGUGUGGCACCUCCUGAAGAGGAGGACGACGAUGAUGAUGAAAUCUAG